AUGGAGUUAGAUAGAGCUUCUUACGGUUUGAAUACGCUUCCUCGACAAAGCAAAGGUAUGUUUUUGGUUAAAUUAUUGUUCUUGGUUUAGAUUUGAGUGAAUUUUAAGUAGAAUAAUAAGGUUGAAAAGAGUUAAAUACUUGUAAGAAUAAGAUACUAUUUUAUGUGGCAAAAUUAGUAAAAACAGUUUAUUUUGAGCGUAUUUGAGUUAGAUCAAUGUAAAGGGAUCUAUAUUUUUAAUGGUGUUUGAUCAAGAAUAACGAAGAAGUUUUAGAUUCGAAGUCAAAAGGAGCAUCAGACGCUUUUGGAACACCGCGAAGAGCAUUGGGCGAUGUGAAGAACAGUUUUGCUACUCCAAAGUUGGCAUCGAAGAGUGUUGGCUUCAGUAGCAGAUUGAACUUUGCUGGAGAUGAUGGUGAAUGUAAACAAUUGGAAGCCGGGUUUUCCAAGAAGUUGAACUAUGAACCUGUUCCAAGGAAGUUAGAUUUUAAUGAAGAUCUGAAUCAGAACGAAGCGAUAAGAAAAGGAGAUGAUCAAGAACAAGAUGUUGUAGAAGACGAUGGAAAAUGUGACAAUGCUCUUCAGUUCAAGUACUCAUUACCGGACAUUGACUACGACGACGUCAACUUGAAACCAGAUACGAAUUACAGACAUGCAGAGCUUGAUGAUGAUAUGGACUGUUACAUCGAUCUGGAUUAUCACAAAACCAUCCCGAUUCCAGAACGUGAUGAAGAUUUGGAGGAUUCUGGAUAUUGUCCAUGGGAGAGUUCAGAAGACUUUGAGAAGAAUUUCAAUUGGAGUAAACUCACGGAGGAAGAUAUUGAACACAUUAUAAAGUCAGACUCGUACAUCAGUAAGAACACGAGUUCCUUUCAGUCUGAGUUCUCAUUUGAUGAUUAUGUGUCUGUGUAG